AAUACUUUUUAAAUCCCAUUCUAACUUUAUUCAAUGUUUUUUCAGGCAUUUUAUGUUCAUCCUAUAUUUGGGGUUACCUUUGCGACAUGUAUGGCCGUAAGCCGAUUUUAAUGUACACAACACUAAUUGGAAAUUUGGUUUCACUGGCAUCAAUAUUUGUUCCGAAUUUCUGGUUGUUUGUUUUCCUACGAUUUGUAGUGGGAAUAUUCAUUGCUGGUGCAUCAUCAACGACCUAUGCAUAUUUGGGUGAAUUUGUUUCGAUACGUCAUCGGCCGGUGGUCAUCAAUUUCACCAGUAUGUUUGUGGCUCUGGCUAUGACUUAUGUACCAGCAGUAGCCUGGUUGAUAUUAUCCAUGGAUUGGUCUAUCGAUAUUUCCGAUAGUUUUGCAUUCCGUCCAUGGCGUCUGCUGACAGUAUUUAAUAUAUUGCCUGGAUUAAUUGCCAUUUUGAUUAUGUCGAAGUUACCUGAUAGUCCCAAGAUUUUAAUGUCGAUACGUAAACAGGAUGAGGCAUUUGCAGCUACCAAUUGGAUUGCUAAAUUGAAUACGGGAAAAACUUUGGCCGAUUUUAAUAUUUAUAAAAUCUAUGAUGAAAAUCCAACGGAAAGUGAUAAAUUGCUACAAACUUCAAAAUCAUUUGUCCAGAUAAUGAAGCAAAUGUGGGUCGAUACAAAACCCUUGUUCAAGAAGCCCCAUCUGGUGAAUUUUGUCACCUGCUGCAUUGUAAUGUGUGGAGUAUUUUUUGUUAACUCCGGCAUGGGUCUUUGGUAUCCAACAAUUCAAAACCGCCUUGGCUCCGUUGAUGAUGAAACCCAGAUGAGUAUAUGUCAAGUUAUUGAUGCCUCAAUGGACCAGCAGAAUUCCAAUUCAACUGAAUAUGUCUGUGAUGAUACGAUAACGAGAAAAUCCUAUAUUGAUUCAAUAACAUUUGGUUUAGUGUAUUUGGGUGCAUAUUUUGUUUUGGGUUCCAUCAUUAAUCCAUUGGGUCGUAAACGUACCAUACUUUUGUUAUUGGUUGUUUCUGCAAUAUGUGGCAUCGUAUUACAUUGGAUAAUGGAACCCAUUGGCAUUGUGGCAUGUUUCAUUUUAUUUGUCAUGCUACCGGGUCUGUGUGUAUCGAUAUUGAGUGGAGCUGUGGUAGAUUUAGUGCCAACACAUUUGAGAGGGAAAGCUGUUUGCAUUUGCCUAAUGUUGGGACGUUCGGGUAGUGUUAUUGGCAGCAAUAUUAUUGGUGUCUUACUGGAGUCAUAUUGCGCAAUAACAUUCGGGGUAUUUUAUGGCCUGGUUUUGGUUUGUGCUGCCUUGACUUUAUUGCUACCAAUCUAA